CAAUGGGGUUGCGCUUCGUGUUGUUGCUGGUGAUGGAAACGAAAGCAAACCGUUAUCUGCGUUUCAUCGGUGACUGAAAAUAUUAAAGGCACAAGCAACAGCAUGGCCACAGUGCAGUCGACGCUAAUGUUCGCCGUGUGCAUCCUGAUGAUAACAGAACUGAUACUAGCCAAAAAGGACUACUAUGAUAUUUUGGGUGUUCCUAAAGAUGCUAGUGAACGUCAGAUCAAGAAGGCUUUUCACAAGCUUGCCAUGAAAUAUCAUCCAGACAAGAAUAAAAGCCCUGAUGCAGAGGCAAAGUUUCGGGAAAUAGCGGAGGCAUACGAAACGCUGUCGGAUGAGAAAAGGAGGCGAGAGUACGAUCGGCUUAGACAGAGUGCUUUCUCCAGCGAAGAUAUGAAAAGAGGACACCAGUCCUUCGACUUUAACUUUGAGGACAUGUUUAGAGACUUCGAUAUCUACAGCCAAAACAGGCACGCACGGCCUAAACGGAACUUCGAGGAGCAUUUCCGGGCUCACCAGCACGGCCACAACCGCCACAAGAGACACUUCCAAGGAGCUUUCGGAACCGGGUUCUUUGAGGAUCUGUCUGACGACAUGGAGAGGAUGUUUACAUUCGACAGGCAUGCUAAGCGGACUGAGAGCAGGUUUCACGGCAUGGCGAAGCAGCACUGCAGGACUGUCACUCAGAGGAGGGGGAAUAUGGUGACCACCUACACGGACUGUACCUCGUCCUGAGACGAGGCUAAGCUCAUCCUCACCUAGAGUUAAGCUAAUUUUGUCUGGAUUAGACGUACUAAUUUAUAAACUUGCUGCUGAGAUGAAUGAAGCUUCAUGUUGUUUAAGUUAUAAUAACGAGCACUAUUGGGGAUUUUCAGUUUAGUAAAUGACCUCGAUGUCCGAUUUCGUGCAAAAUUACAAAAUGAAGCCCCUCUUGUUGUUCGACUGUCAGAUUCAUAUUGGACUUGAUUUGAUGAGUCACACACGUGAUGUGUAAGCCUGCCACUUUGCCAUUCCAAUCAAAGAAACACAAACGAUGAGUUAUUUUAAAUUGGGCUGUAAUCAAGCAGAGUUUAUAUUGCUGUCUUAUUUAAAGCAUGAUGUUAUUUAUAAAGGAUUGUUGAAAAAUGCUGACUAAAAAAAGAAAUCUCUGUAUAUCAGUGACGGCAUUCCAGAUGGACAGUGUGUCGCUAGUUUUGUAGAUCUGAACACGCUAACACAUGGCACGCACAUUGAUAUGGAGAAUUAUUAUAUUUUGCAAGGUUUAAUACUUGUUAGUUGCUUUUUACAGUGUGUAUGCAUUGUGAAUUAAUGCAAAAGGACUUUUUGACAUUAAUCUUAUUCCAUCAGGGGUGGACAACGCUUAAAUUUAAAUAUCUAGCCCAUUAUGAAGCACCAAGCAUGAUACCCGGACUCGUGUUUUGGUUUUCCGGAAGCCUAAUUGACUAAGCUACAAAGCGAAGUGAUUGUAGUUAACGGCAUAUGGCUAGCUAGUUAAGUUUAUUAAUACAGACUGGGAAAAACCAAUGCAUAUGUGAUCAUGUAGCACGGGUGUUCUGUGACCUUGAAAUAAUCUCAUCUCAUUAUCUCUAGCCGCUUUAUCCUGUCCUACAGGGUCGCAGGCAAGCUGGAGCCUAUCCCAGCUGACUACGGGCGAAAGGCGGGGUACACCCUGGACAAGUCGCCAGGUCAUCACAGGGCUGACACAUAGACACAGACAACCAUUCACACUCACAUUCACACCUACGGUCAAUUUAGAGUCGCCAGUUAACCUAACCUGCAUGUCUUUGGACUGUGGGGGAAACCGGAGCACCCGGAGGAAACCCACGCGGACACGGGGAGAACAUGCAAACUCCGCACAGAAAGGCCCUCGCCGGCCACGGGGCUCGAACCCAGAACCUUCUUGUUGUGAGGCGACAGCGCUAACCACUACACCACCGUGCUGCCCUCCUUGAAAUAAUCACUGGCCAAAAUUUUGGCUUUAAGACACGGUGCGGUUUUCAUAUUGAAUAUAAAAGAGAUUAUUUGUAUCUGGUGACCACCUUUAUUUCCUGUCAAAGUGUUUUCAUUUGUAAAAUCAUUGCAUGUUGUGCUAGCUGGGAGUUAUGAUAUCAUCAUCUUUGUGCUGGACUUGAUUUUACCCGUGUAUUCCCAAGUCUGAAAAGAUAAUCUGUGAUUAGGGCACGUGAAUGAAUCCAAAAUGAACAGGUUUAUCCCAUGAGGCGAUGUGUGUAGUGCAGCAGGUGGUGGGAUUCAGAGUAUCACGUGCUACAGUAAUGGCAUCGCACAACCAUAAUGUGCAUUCUGUUUAAAAAUGGCUGCAUGUACUAAAGAAAUUUUGUUUUUGGAUUAUUUUUCUUUUCAUGGUUGUUUACGAAGCAACUACGAAUACAAUAGUUUGGACAUGAAACCCUGUUCUGGGCGCCUGGGAUAGAGAUUUGUCCACCCCUGUUCCAUGCUUAAGCAGAAUGAUGGUUUAGUUGUUGCAACAAGUGUGAAAUGUUUUGAAAGUCAGGAUAUGAUAAAUGUAAAGAUUUUCAUAAUGUGGUUUUGCUCAUGGUUAAGCAUAAUACAUUUAAAUAGAAAUGUGAUGGUGAGUGUUUAAGACUUAAAGGUCAAACAAGGAUGCUUGGAUAUAAAUAUGUACAGUAUGUAAACUGGUAAGCAUUACUCCAUUCAAUUUACUAUGUUUACCAAUAGAAAUGACCAAACAUGAAGACACUGGCGUGAACCUAAUAAUGGUCAUUGUUGUUUGGCAAACCUCUUAAGGAUAAUGAGAUAAGGAUAAUGUCGUCACACGAUAUCAUGAAUGUGAACAACUGGAAUGUAGCUUUAAACAUUUGCCUGAAAAUCCCCUAAUAUGCAUGUAACACCUCAAUACCACAUACUGUGGUACGUUGUCUAAUUCAGUCAUGUUCUUGUAUCCCAUGUUGGUUUUUCUUUCAUGUUUUGUUUUUGUGCAAUAUUUUAAAGCCAGCUAUCCCGUUAAUGCCACUGUUACUUGCUGGACUUGUCACUUUUGAGUUGACCCAUCAAGCACCUACAUAAAUCCUAUGGAUGGAGGAUAAAUAUCUAAAUGUAACUGUGUAUGAAUAUCUGUCAAUAUUCAAAAGCAAAUGUUAUAUAAUAUCCUUGGGUGGAAUAAAAUGUGAAAAUGCA